AUGGCGGAUGGAGAAGCGUUGCCCGCAUAUACCGAACCGAUCGCCGGAGUCCCUCGUGAACCAGUGGUUCAUUGCAUCCAAUUGGAGACCAGCAAGCAGAAAGCUUGGGUAACGCUCACAAUACAGAGCCGCGCUCGUAACGCCCAGCAAUUGCCCGAGUUUCUCGAGGGUGACAAGAUUACAGGAUCCCUUGACCUAGAUCUCGACAAGGGCGAUUCUAUUAUUGCUAUCUCUGUGUCCGUUGUCGGCAUACUCACAUUCCCUGAUUCGGCUUCUGGGGGUGUCCACGAGAGCAAACAAGAUGUGUUUCUCAACGUAUCGAGGACGCUGUGGAACCUGGGCAUGGGUGACCCGUGUUCGGUUAAUUCCACUUCUACGUCCACCAGCCGGCAAAAGUUCACGGCGAAGCUGUUGGGGAAGUACAGCUUUGCCUUCACGUUGGAGCUCGGUCGCGAAGUCUCGUACAAACUGCCAAAACAGAUUGCGACGAAAGUGGGCGAUGAUGGCUUGCCUAAGCCUUACCGCUUACCCCCGACUUGCGAAGAAGGGGUUGGGGAGUUCUCGAUUCAUUAUGAGCUCGUUGCGCAUUUACAGCGCGGUACUUUCAAGGCCGAUACAAGACUAGGGCGGAAGUUGGUCUACUCUCCACAUUUACAGCCUGAUCCACCAUCGGCGCUUCGCCAGCUCGUGUAUCAAGAGAACGCUGAUUUUCUCUUGGGCCCUCAUGGAGAUCCGCUCGGGUGGCACACAGUGCAGACAGCUAUCAUCGAGGGCACCAUAUUCAAGAUGCGCCACGUAGAGCUGCGAUGUACGCUUUCGCUUGCCCGACCGCUCUGCUAUACGAGGGGUAGCAUCAUCCCACUCUCCCUCCUCAUCGAAAGCCAAGAUCAACAAGCCCUUGACCUCUUUGCAACGCCGUAUGCAAUUCGUGUAUGCCUUGUCAGGCGGCAGACUUGCCACCCCGGUAUUAAGAGCAAAGUGAAGGACACGAUGAAACUCAUCGAUGGACACUAUCUCGUCUCCAGUAAAGAAAUCGAGUUUGCGGCUUGGUGGCCGGAUAGGACGCCGCAGGAGGUACCAGGCUCGGCGGAGCGACGAGUGCUGCAGGGUGAAAUCAGAAUACCCAGCAUGGCGAUCCCUAGCGCAUCGUUUGCGAUCCUGAACAUAUCCUAUUUCGUCGCGACGCUACCCUUCUCGGUAGCGGCGUUUGAAGCAGGCGGCGAUUCACCUCGCUCUGGGAACAUCAUAACCGUGCCAGUUACCGUAGGAACCGUGUAUGCAAAUGGACCACAGCCAAAAGCCUUCACACCGCCAGGCUACAAAAACCAUCUCACGACCACUCGUGCAACUUACAGCCGACAUGAGAGCUUUGCCUGA